ACGCACUUUAUAACGUCCAGGAGAAAGAAAAAAAAAAGCGAACUUUUCUUUUUCUCCAAAUUUACUUGGCUUUUCGUCGCGAUUAUUACAUUAAGAUUAUAUUAGAUUAGAUUUUUUUUGUAUUGGAAUAUGCUUCGCUUCAGUCGCUCUCAUUCUCAUCGCGGGUCCGUUCUCUUCAUUCAUCUCAUCUUUUAAAAGAGGAAGGCGUCCAAUCGGUAAUCCUGUAAUUUUCCAUUUUCGUGGGUUUUUUCCUUUAAAAAUUAGUAAUUUGGUUUGUUUCUCUAAACUGGGUGGUUGUCAAAUUUUGGCCUUGGUGUGAGAUUUUGAUUGUCCGCGAUCUUGGUUCGUUUCUCUUCUUUGAAUUUUUCUACAAUUUAAUCUUAGAUUUUUGGGAAAAUUUCUCAUCUGGGUAGAGAAAAUUUUGACAUUUUCUCAUCUGGGUAGUUGAAAAUUUUAGUUGAUUAUUGAUGAUUUAUCUGGGAUUGUGUGUUAAUAAUUAUUUGAGGGGCUCUAGAAAACAGAAUGAAAUAGUAUAUCAAAAUGACAUUUUAUUAUCUGGGUAGUUGGAAAAAUUAGUUGAUUGUUGAUGAUUUAUCUGGGAUUGUGCGUUAAGAAUUAUUUGAAGGGGUAAUCGAAGUCAGAAUUAGAUAACAGAUAAAUUAGAACUUCUUUUAUUCCUGAUUUGGGUUGUUAAAUAUAGGUUUUCGUGCCAGAGGUCUCUGUAAGACUGUCAUUGAACCUGGGGUUUAAAAUUAGUACUAUUUGUUGUUUAGACCUAAAAAUUUCAAGUUCUAUGAUCUGGGUUGUCGAAAAGAUCGUACCUUGGGCAGAUGUAUGCUGUAGAGAAACUCAGCAGCUACAUCACUCGAGGAGUUUACACCGUCUCUGGACCCUUUCACCCUUUUGGUGGAGCUGUAGAUAUUAUCGUGGUCCAGCAGCAGGAUGGGAGCUUCAAAUCCUCACCAUGGUAUGUUCGGUUCGGUAAAUUUCAAGGAGUUUUAAAGGCAAGAGAAAAGGUUGUCACCAUUUGUGUCAAUGGAGUUGAAGCUGGGUUCCACAUGUACUUAGAUCCCAGAGGAGAGGCUUACUUUCUUAAGGAUUCUGAUACAGAAGAAGGGGAGGACUUUGAAUUAUCUCCACCUUCAUUCGGAGGUGAAGUAGAUGAAAAGGUCAGGAGUUUGAGCAAGGCCCAGAGCUGCAAUUUUGAUGGAGGUCAGAGGGAGCCAAUUGUUCCUCUUGAGAAUGCGAAUACAAAGACUGUUUCAAGGGCUAAUUCGAGGAGGUCUAGGAUAUUUGGGCUUAUGUUUGGGAAUAAGUCGAUGAACGAAAAUGACCAGGGAGCCAAUGUUGAUGGGUUGAGGUCAUUGGAGCAUGCAGAAGUUGAAGCUGAUCUCUUAGAAACUAAGUGGUCGAAAAUUCACCAAUCAAAUGACAACACCAAUGAUAGUUUUAUGGAAAAAUGUGAUGAAAGUGUUAUUGACAACAAAAUUGUUAGUUCUUAUGAGGAUGGCAUGGUUGUUGAUUUUCCAACGACUACUGUAAGUACAGAGCAGUAUGCAGAAGUAGCAGUUCAUAAUUCUCCAAUGGUAGCUUCUAAAAGUGUUGGUGAUGAUUCAAAUACUGGAGAAUCAGUUGAUUCCAGUGGUGAGAUAUUGAGUGAUAACCUUCAGCCUAAUAUUGUCAGAGAAGUGCAUUUUGAAGACACAAUUACUCAAGCUUCAACCUUAAGAACCCAUGAGAAAGUCCUCGAGGUUUACACCUCGGAAACCGGUGAUUUGGGUGAUAAAAGUAAAUUGGUUUCUGAAUCUGUGUUAUUAGAAUCUGAUGAACAUAUUAUAUCAUCAAAGGGAUCUGUUCUUGAUAGGUUUACAAAUUAUGCACAAAUUAUUGGUUCAAUGACUGAUGAACUGACUGUGGUAGCAGUAGAGCAUGAAUCAGAAGAUACGAAGCGUGACUCUCAAGCUCAUCUUGAAUCAGAUAGAGCAACAGAUAGAGAAAAUUAUCAUGUUCCUGCAGCCAAUGAUAUUUCCUCUAUCUCAAACAAAGGUCAAGAAUUCGAGAAUGUUGGCAAUGAAUUUGAUGGAGAAAAACAUUGCCUUCAGAAUAGGCUUAACAUUUCUCAAGAUGAAUCCAGUUUCCCAUUGUCAGAGAGUUUGGAGGAUGAGCAAUUGCAAUUCAGUGAUAUUGACAGUUUUGCUGUUAAACAGGUCAACCACGAUGUACACAGCAUUUUGAUUGAGGAAUACGAGUCAAAAAAUACAAAUGAAGAAGAAUGCUUUGAGAGGGUGGAAGGAAGUCAGACUAGUCCACUUGCUAUUCCCAUAAGCACACCUCGGUUGUCAAUAGAAUCUGAACUGUUAACCAAAUCUUUACCCAUCAUCUGCUCCCAAAUCCAUGACCUUGAAAUCUCCAGUCUUCUUCACCCUGUAAGCUGCUCGUUAGAUAUUAAUGUUGGAAGCUCUGAGAAGAAUUUUCUGAAGAAGGAGAUGUCUCACUUCACGAAGUUGGCAUCAGAUUCCAACUUUAUAUCUGAAGCUGCUGCUACAGCUGUUGGAUCUGAGAAAAGGGAAGGCCAUAAUGGCAACUUACUUAAUCCUACUGCUGAGUUGUCCCUCUGCAAACAUUUACUAUUUGAGGGCAUGGGCGCGGAUGCCGCUUCCAGAGUAUUUGAGGCUAAUAAGAUACUUGAACCUCAAGGUAGGAUUGCUGUGGAACAGUAUGAGAAGAAUUCCAGUGCUGAUCCUUCAGCGGCUAUAAUUCCAUCUGAAGGAAGCUGGAGACUCUGGCCGUUCAGUUUAAAGAGAGCAAAAACCAUUAGUACUGUGCAUUCAGCCCCUGAAAAUGUGGAUGCUUCUCCCUUGAGAAGUCAAAGCUUGGCGGUUCACGAUUAUAUGCUAAGAGCUAAAUUCCCUAAAAAGAAGGUGCGGUCAAUUACUCCGACUUCAGAGGAUCUUGCUUCACUGAAUCUUAGAGAAGGUCGAAAUAUAAUAACAUUUACCUUCUCAACUGCAAUGCUUGGGCAGCAACAGGUGGAUGCUAGGAUAUAUUUAUGGAAAUGGAAUACUCAAAUAGUUAUCUCAGAUGUCGAUGGAACAAUUACCAAAUCAGAUGUUCUUGGUCAGUUUAUGCCUCUUGUUGGUAAAGAUUGGUCCCAGACUGGUGUUGCACAUUUGUUCUCAGCAAUUAAGGAAAAUGGAUAUCAAUUGCUUUUUCUGAGUGCACGUGCAAUUUCUCAGGCUUAUAUAACAAGGCGGUUCCUUUUCAACCUUAAACAGGAUGGAAAAGCACUUCCUGACGGUCCUGUUGUAAUAUCUCCUGAUGGUCUCUUUCCUUCACUUUAUAGAGAAGUUAUCAGAAGAGCUCCUCAUGAAUUCAAGAUCUCAUGCUUGGAGGACAUAAGGGCAUUAUUUCCUCCAGAAUGCAAUCCCUUCUAUGCUGGCUUUGGCAAUAGAGAUACUGAUGAGUUCAGCUACCUCAAGGUGGGCAUUCCUAAAGGAAAAAUCUUCAUUGUUAAUCCGAGGGGCGAAGUCACAGUGCACCGCCGAGUUGAUAACAAAUCAUAUACCUCACUUCACACACUAGUGCAUGGCAUGUUUCCACCCAUCUCCAGAGUUGAACAGGAAGACUUCAAUUCAUGGAACUACUGGAAAUUGCCUCUUCCUGAUGUCAACUUUUGAGCGCCAACAUAUACUCACACUCCAUGAUGAGGUCAAAUGCCUAUUUGCGUGAAAGGGCGAAGAGUGUAUUGAUAUCCAUCACUCAGAAUCUUUCAGGCCAACUGCCGUUGGUUGAAAGAGCAUCAUAUAGAGGAGCAGAGAGUGUAUAUAUACGUAUGGAGAGACCUAGAUUGCACAUACCUUGAAAGUUUUUAUAGUUAAUCUCCCAUAAGACCCAUCCAAGCAACGGUGACUUUUCUGUACCCAUUAUUUUUUAUUGUAUGUAAUGAGAGCAGAACCGGUUGCAAUUGCAAUCGACAUUACUUGUUUAUAAUAGCAAACUCGUUCUUUUCGAGUAAUGGGUGUGCAUGAGAUAAUAUACGAUGCAUUGUUAUUGUUGUACUGUUCAUUUAUUGAACUGUGACGCAACCCAAUUUGAGAA